AUGACUCCUGCACGGAGGUCAAUUUCGUCAGAUGACGAAGAUUCGGAUGUCACAGUGCCAUCUCAGAACCAAACUCCUGGCUCAUCUGCUAAUAAGAGGCGGCGACUGAACAAUGGCGUGUCCCAUAAUACUCAGAGCCCAGCAAGCCCAUCAAGCCCUGGACAAGAACUCAGCCUCAAUAACGAGAGCGUUCUUACGCAUGGGUCUGCUUCUAAGUUUCAGGCUGGCUCGAUAGUGCGCCUGAAGCUGAGAAACUUCAUGGCGUAUACUGCUGCGGAGAUUCGCUUUGGCCCUAGUCUGAACUUCAUAAUUGCGCCAAACGGAAGCGGCAAGAGCUCGAUCGUUUCCGCAAUAUGUAUUUGCUUGGGCUCAAAACCUUCGAUUCUCGGACGCGCGGACCAACUAUCGGACCAUAUACAUUAUGGAAAAGACUCGGCGGAAAUUGAGAUUGAGUUGGCCGGAGGCCAUGAGAAGAGCAGGAAUCAUUUGGUCCGAUGCCUGAUCAAACCGAGCAAAGUUACUUUUUCUAUCAAUGGAUCCCCCGCGACUAAUGCUGCAGUCUCAAAGCUGUGUCAGUCUCUUUCCAUACAAAUCGACAAUCUGUGCCAAUUCCUGCCUCAGGACCCUCUUCUGGAGGAGACACAACGUGCAGUUGCGCCACUGGAGAUGAGGGAGUGGUAUACACAGCUGAAGGAGCUAUAUAAGAAGCGGAAAUCUGAUCAAAUGUCCGAGGAAGGUGAACUCGAAAGACUGGCAGACCUGAAGAAAAAACAAAGCGCUGCGAAACAAGACGUGGAUUUGUUGAUACAGCGGAACCAGUAUAAAGUCAAGAUUGACGCACUAGAGCAGUAUCGGCCCAUCGUCCAACUGAGGCGGAACUUCAAGGAUGCUGAAGCGCAAUUUGCACAAUUGCAAAAGGAUGUAAAUCCGCUGCUACAGUCAACGAACGACAAGAAAAAGUAUGCAGAGCAGAUCAAACAAGUUAUAGACAGCAGUGAAGAGAUUGACAGUUUUGACACGACGGUGGCAAAGGUGAAAAAAUCGAUCAAACUUCACAAGGACAAGGCACGAGAUAGAUCGAUGAAGAUAGCAGAUGCUCGGCAGCGCCUAGAGAAUGCCCCACCGGAAUACGAUUCUGCUGGAUGCAACGCAAAGCUACGCGAAAUGGAAAAGCAGAAACGGGAGCUCGAUAGUCAGGCAGCAGACAUCCAGGCGAACCUCAGUCAUAUCCAAUCUCAAGCUCAGCAACGGAAGUCCGAACAAAAUAGACUAAAGAAAGAAUUGGAGGAACUGGGCACGGCCCAUGGCCAACAGGCCAAGAAGUUGCAAAGCAGAUCGAAAGAUGCUGCGACGGCCUGGGACUGGAUCAAGGAAAACCGUCAACAGUUUGAAGGACCUAUCUACGGGCCACCAAUCGUAGAAUGUUCUGUCAAAGAUCCGCUAUACGCGAGUGCUGUCGAAGGGGCCCUACCUGAAGGGACUCUGAAAGCAUUCACAUGUACGACACUAGGGGACUACAAUAUGCUUCAAAAGAGUCUCGUUGGAAGAGAAGGUUUGAGGCUCUCCGACAUAGCAAUCAAUAUGAUAGGAAAGAAGCUGGACCAUUGGCAGAAUAUUCCAAACGACCAGCUCGCCCAGUACGGACUGGAUGGUUGGAUAGUUGAUUACCUCGAAGGUCCUGAUGAUGUCUUGUCAAUGCUUUGCGAGCAGGCUAACAUUCAUCGACACGCGGUCACGCUUGGUGAGGUUUCUCAAGCCCAAUACAAUCUUCUUGUGGACAGCCAGAUCCAGAGAUGGUCGGACAAAAAUGACAAAUAUGUCGUGUCCAAAAGAUAUGGCAAGUAUACUGUAGCCACCACAGCUUUACGACCUGCCUCUGUGUGGAGUGACGCUCCUGUGGAUGCAGGUGCAGCAAGACCUCUCAAACAGAGGAUAGAUGAACUGCAAGAUGAGCUCAAUGAGUUAUCUAACGAAAACAAAAACAAGAGAACUGAGCUUGACGUGGCCCGGAAAGCGAAGGUUGAUCUUGAGAAGACCAAGAGUGAUCUUGACCGGGAAAAGCAUGACGCACAGCAAGAACAGGCCCAAUUCAGGGUGCUACCAAGCAAUAUAGAAAUGUACGAAAAACAAAAGGCAGAAUUCGAAGCUACAGCGGAGCAAGACAAGCAACGCUUGGACGCCAUUCGACGUGAUCAAGAUAAUCUCAUUCUCGAGAAGGCUAGGCUAUCGAUUGAUCAUGCGAAAAGCAUCGAGGCCCUCCAGACACAGUAUCAGUCGCUACUUGAAGCUGAACUGAUGCUGAUAGAAGCUGAAUCCGAGGUAGUCUCAUUGGAAGAAGCGAACCAAGCGAUUACGGAAAGAUUGAAUCACGCUCGUGCAGAAAAGGACCGGCUGAGCCAUGAACACAAAACCCUGAAGGCGCAAGCGAUCAGUAUUGGUGAGGAUUGCAAGCGUAUAGCAAACAGCCGGUCCGAAGAGGUAGAGGAACUACACAAUUCUUUCGCACAAGACAAAUUGGAUUCAAAAUCACUGGAGGAUACGAUAGAGGCGACAAUUGCAAUGAUGAGACUGAUCCGCACGACUAAUUCCAACGCGAUCGAGGAAUACGAAGCUCGGCAGAGAAAAAUCGAUGCUAUGGAAGAGAAGCUGGCUACAGCUCAAGAGCGGAUCCAAAGGCUCGAAGACGAGAUCAAAGAAACGCGGGAGCAAUGGGAACCCCGUCUUGACCAGCUUGUAUCACUUAUAAACGGCGCAUUUUCGAAGAACUUUGAAGCCAUCGGCUGCGCAGGUGAAGUCCUUGUACACAAAGACGAUGACUUCGACAAGUGGGCGAUUCAGAUCAUGGUGAGGUUCAGGGACAACGAACCACUUUGUGCACUAGAUGCACGUCGCCAAUCCGGUGGUGAACGUUCAGUCUCCACCAUAUUCUAUUUGCUCUCUCUACAAUCUCUUGCUCGCUCUCCUUUCCGCAUCGUCGACGAGAUCAACCAGGGCAUGGACCCUCGAAAUGAGCGCAUGGUCCACAAACGUCUUGUCGAGGUUUCUUGCGAGGAGAACACCAGCCAAUACUUCCUGAUCACACCCAAGCUACUGCCGAAUCUCAACUACGACCCUCGCAUGCUCGUGCAUUGCAUUGCUGCAGGUGAAUUCAUGCCCAAGGACGCUGACACGCUGAACUUUCAGAAACUUGCUCAGGUUGCGCUUCGGGUCAGAGCAGCAGCAGCAUCAUAA